CUGCGCGGGGGAAGGCUGCGCGUGCGCACCUUUAGAUUAUCCGAAGUACGUAGUGUUGUGUCGUGAUUGUGUUUGUGAUUAGUGUACUGUGGAUUCAAGGAUUUUUCUCACGCAAGACAUUUAGAACGCUGUCGAAGCAAGCAGCGUCAUUUAUAUACACUAAAUGUUCGUGGAUGUUGAAUAUAAUACAAAAAUAAAUACUUCAUAGUUUCAUCAAUACUUGUACUUACGCUUAAUCCAGGAUGUUUCUUUAAGAUCAUCCUAAAGUGGAAAGAUUUCAAGUGGAAAUAUGGAGGCUUCCUCAUCAGAUUACAGCGAUGAAGAGGUGGGGGUUCUAGCUCGUGGUCAGAAAUUAUGGGUGAGAGGGGUCCGGUCACACACCACUUGUGCUGAUAUCGUCAGGGCCUUACAAGAUACUCCUGAAGCCAGUUGCUUGAGCGAACCAGGCGAGUGGGUUCUAGCUGAGCGAUGGAGGGGAGUGGAACGACCUUUACCACCAGAUGUGCCCGUGCUGCAUGUGUUGGCUGCGUGGGGAGAUGCUAGGCAUGAAGUUCGUCUAUCUCUUCGAAGAUUAUCCAGCGGUGGAGAAGAUGAUUCUGGAAGAGACAGCGACGCUGGUAGUCGCAGUAGGACGAGAAGACGACGGAAAGGUCAUAGAGCAGCAACACCUCCACCGAGAGCUAAGAGUGAAGAGCCAGCAGCGAGACUCGUGUCUGUCAUACAGCAUCAGAGUAGGACGAUACACCAGCAACUUGAUAAGCUUAGGGAGCAGGAAAAACUAAUCGAUCAAUUAGAAGACCAAACACACAAAAGUAGAAUGGAGAAGCAUGGAACUAAUUAUCUGCUGGAAUCAUAUCUGAGAGAUCUCGGGAGGUGCAGUGAGGUAAAUGAUAGCCAAGCUGCCAACAGUGACAGCGGUGUGGGAGUUGGCAGUGGCACGCCACCAAGAAGACACACAAAACACAAAUCCAGAAGAGAACGACACUUAAUGAGAGAGCACUACUUUACUAAAGAACUUACGGAUAUCUGCCAAGUAAAUUCCGAAAGAUUGAUCCAAACGAACACAGACACAGAUUCAGAAGCAUCAGCCGACGAACUAACAAAAAUAAGAGAAGAAAUCGAACUUCUUGAAAAGCUCGCGAUUAUAAACAAAAGACUACACCGCGAAGAGGAACUAGUGGUUCGAUUAACAGCGAAGGUAAAACGAUAUACAGACGAAAACAAGGCAAAUAGCUGUGAAAACGUAUCACAAGUGACAAUGCUAAUUGACAAAAUAGAGGAAGAUCUAGCAAAAACAGCCCAAGAAAUGCAAGAUAACACUAAAGAGUUGGAAAGGACUGAAAGUGAAUUGGAAUAUAGAAUGAAAUUGUUAGAUGAAUUAACCUUACAAUUGGAAGAAGAAGAAUUACAAAAUACUAUUUUGGAAAGACAAUUGAAUGAGGCAUCAAGUCGACAGCCUAUAGCGUUGCAAGAAAGUUACAUACCUGUUUUGGAUCAAAGCCAGCCCGUUUUCACGUACACAGGGAACGGAUAUGUAUUAGAUACUCUUGUAUGACACAACCUAUACACCUAAAUGUAAACAUUAAGAGCCUUGAUUCUCCUAAUUUGAUUUCGAUAGUGUUGGCCUAUAAAGGUGCUUUUGACUGUUUUAGCUAUAUCCUAUAUUAAAAGAUAAACUAAUCGAGACAAUUAACUUUUACCUGAAGAUGUCAUAAAUUAAUUCUGACAGAUACGAUUGCAACUUGUAAAAAAAAUAAAGACUAAAUACUCUUAAUCCUCUUUAAAUCAUUUCUUCAGUCAUAAAUUGCCAGCUCUUUCGAAGCAAAAUAUGAGAAAUGGGCUCAUUCUUUAAACUAAUAAUUUGACAUUUCUGUCUUCAAAAAAUAUAUAGAAAUAUUUCUUUUUUAAUUAGUUCAUGUGCAUAUGUAUAGUAUUUUGUUGUUAUUCCAAAGAUAUAUUUGAAAUUACCAUAAGUUAGAUUCCGCGUGAUCGAAGUCCAAAAUUCUCGAGAAUUAGUUUUAUAUAAAUGGUGCUAAGAUUUGUAUAUAGUUAAGUUUUGUAUAUUUAUAUAUUGUCCCAUACCAAAAAAUGUACAACAGGACCACCAAUAUCGAUUGUAAUAAGUUAGACCUAGUCAAAUUGGUAAUAUGACAAUAAGUAAUCUACAAGUUGGUAUUCAUAAAAUAUGAAAUAUCAUCAUAAAGCUGAAUCAGGAUAAAAAAAAUUGAAAUCUACCUUUCAAUUACCUUUACCUAAAAAAAUAAGUACGUUUUUCCUUUGACGUACCACAUAUUUUAGCAUGGCAACCCAGCUGGGAUACUAAUUCCUUAACCAGCCAUGAAGAUGUGUUGCAAUACAAUUUAUCAAUCACUGUUACACUAGUUUGACAGUCACUGAAACCAAAAUUAUUAAGACAUGAUAACCUGUCAUCAUACCACUGCCCUUCACCCGUUAGGGUUCUAUGUACAUGAACCAGUCGUAAUCGCUACGAGGCGUAGUCGUUGUACAACUGGUUUUUAUAUUGAACCCGGACGUAAAUUAUUGAUGCUUUAUGCUUUAUACUGAACUCCUGUUACCUAUAUAAUUUGUAAAUAUGUUAAUUUUAAUUAUGAGAGAUUAAAUAAAUCAAAUCACA